CCAUCCAACCGGGCUGUGUCGCUAGGGGAAGAUGUAAGGCUACUUGUGGAGAAGCAACAGAUCCCCCCGCUGGAAAACAACCCCACAUCUGGCACGCCGACUGAGCAUUUUCAACAGGAAGAAAUUAGUGAAAUUUGCCACCGCUUGACUGAAUGCGCCGCACCGCUGGACCCUUCUUUGGUUCCCUCUUCAUGAGUGGAGAAGAGAAAAGUUGGGAGGAUUAGUUGUGGAUUUUGGUGCUGCAGAAUUUGGAGAAGAUUUGUGGAAGAAAGGAGAGAGAGGAGUGUUGUGGCUUAAGUGGUUCGUUCCAUUGACGCGUAAAACCGUGCGUAAAAAGCCAAUAUUCUGUAGUUUAGUUGCUACAGUUUUGUCUUCUUGGACUGGAAACGAGUCCAACAUCUUUGGAAUUAAGUGCAUCAUCUGUACGCAUCAGUUUAAGUCACCUGGUGCAAUUUAUUCGACGAAAACACCUCCGGCCAGUCUGACCUCCUGCGUUUUGUCGCGGCACCGGACUCACUUGUUACAGGUGGUUUUCAGUGAGCGCUUCACUUUGGCGCCGCCUGGACCUCACUGUUCGGAUAAAUGAGAUUCACGGGUCAUUAUAUACGGACUUGGCUCUGAAAUGAGGGCGCACAUUGCGUUAAUUUUUUGAUUUUUUUUAUUUUAUUUAUUUAUUUUUUUUACACAAUUGGACAACAGUUUGCAACAAGAGGGGGCGAACAGCCACAAGGUCCGCUUCAAUGAUCAGCUCGGUGUGUGUUUCGUCUUAUCGGGGGCGCAAGUCAGGCAACAAGCCUCCGUCCAAAUCAUGUUUGAAGGAGGAGAUGUCCAGAGGGGAAGAGUCGGACAAAAUUAUCAUCAACGUGGGCGGCACUCGACAUGAAACCUACAAGAGCACCCUGAGGACCCUGCCGGGGACGCGCCUGGCCUGGCUGGCGGACCCGGACCCGCAGGUCAGUUCCGACUCGGACGCAGCGCCCCCGAGCUCCACCGAGUUCUUCUUCGACAGACACCCGGGCAUCUUCGCCUACGUGCUCAACUACUACCGGACCGGUAAGCUGCACUGCCCGGCCGAUGUCUGCGGGCCGCUCUUCGAGGAGGAGCUGGCGUUUUGGGGGAUAGACGAGACCGACGUGGAGCCGUGCUGCUGGAUGACCUACCGGCAGCACCGGGACGCGGAGGAGGCCCUGGAGAUAUUUGAGCCGCCGGAACCGGAGGACACCGACGACGACAGAGAGAUGCCGAGACGGUUCGGCAUCGAGGACUGCCCUGACAGGUCGAGGGGCUGCUGCCAAGUUUGGCAACCGAAGGUGUGGGCCCUGUUCGACGACCCCUACUCCUCCAGAGCGGCCAGGGGAGUCGCAUUGGCCUCUCUCUUCUUCAUCCUGGUGUCCAUCACCACCUUCUGCCUGGAGACACACGAAGCCUUCAACGAACUGCAGACCCGGACGGAGCUGGUUGUCAAGGGCAACGUCACCGAAGAGGUGGAGAGGAGGGAGAUGGUGACCAAACCAGUCCUCACGCUGGUGGAAGGCAUCUGUGUCAUCUGGUUCACGUUUGAAUUCCUGGUGCGAAUCAUCUGUUGCCCAGACAAAGUCGUCUUCAUUAAGAACACGCUCAACAUCAUUGACUUUGUGGCCAUUCUGCCGUUCUACCUGGAGAUGGGCCUGCGAGGACUUUCAUCCAAAGCUGCCAGCGACGUGCUGGGCUUCCUCCGUGUGGUACGGUUUGUCCGGAUCCUCCGGAUCUUCAAACUGACGCGACAUUUCGUCGGCCUUCGUGUUCUGGGUCACACUCUGAGGGCCAGCGUCAAUGAGUUCCUCCUCCUCAUCAUCUUCUUGGCUUUGGGCGUUCUUAUCUUCGCCACCAUGAUUUACUACGCCGAGCGAAUCGGAGCCAAACCCGACGACCCCACCGGCUCCAACCACACACACUUCAAGAACAUCCCCAUCAGCUUCUGGUGGGCCGUGGUCACCAUGACGACCCUGGGGUACGGAGACAUGUAUCCUCAGACGUGGCUGGGAAUGAUGGUGGGGGCUUUGUGUGCGCUGGCCGGCGUGCUCACCAUCGCCAUGCCCGUUCCCGUCAUCGUCAAUAACUUUGGGAUGUACUAUUCGCUGGCGAUGGCCAAACAGAAGCUGCCAAAGAAGAAGAAGAAGCACAACCCGAACCCGGACGCUCCGACUGACUCCAUCUCGUUUGGGAAGUCAGAGACGAACUCCCACAGAGACAGCACGCAGAGCGACACGUUUCCUCUGGCCGCUGAGGAGAGCAUCAGCAGGAACCGCUCAGACUCCAAACAGAACGGAGAUGCAAAUGUGGCCCUUUCAGAGGAGGAAGGCUGCAGCUUGACCCAGCCGCUGUCCCCCAGUGAAAAGUGGUCCUUGCGGUGCUCCAGAGGGCGAGACAAGAAUAAGAAAGAGGGCACCUGCUUCCUGCUAACCUCUGGAGACCCCAACAUCCACACUGCAGAGAGCUGCACAGACAUCCUCGCCGCCACUGGGAACUACGCUCAGCCGGAGGUCACCACUCUCACCAGAUGCUGAUCGGCUAUGAAAAGGAGAAAGAGCACGAGUUACAUUUUUUUCUUCCUGAAUGAACUGCAGACCGGAUUCUUUUAAAUCAGGAUGAGAUCUUUUUCUUUUGUCGCCUCGUCCGUCCGAAACCCUCCGAUAGAAAAUCAGCUGCAUAGCGGACUCAUCUUAUGUAAACUCAUUUACAUGUUACGAAGCGUUUCUGCAUGUUUUGCAUGAUCAAGGACCGUAUGAUGUGCUACUAACGACUGGCUCAUAUAUUUAUCAUUGUCUCCGAGGCCCCGAAGGCACCUUGUUAUGUUCAUAUAAAGACACAGUUUUCUUCUAAAUUGUGUUUUUUUCCACUGGUUUCAAUGACAUCGUAUACUUCAGUGCACCAGUCAGGUUUGAGCAACAUGUAACUCAUAUCUGAUGGAUCAAUUAAAUCUAAUUAAACUACUUCUGCACAGCCCCAAUGAUGCAGAUAAGCUGAGUUUUGUGUCUUAAACGCUCAAUAAAGAUGUCAACUUUGAGUGUGACUUAGAUGUAAAUAUUCAGUGUUCUAGAAAUAGAUUUAAGAUUCAUUUGGAAGUGAGUCGUAAUGUUUGUUCAUGAGAUAUUUCAUUUGUUGUGGGAUUCUUGUUUGUUAUUUUAAACUAAAUUUUUAACCCAAACACACAUUAUUUGGAUUAUUGUCUAUAAAUCCUGCAGAAUAAGUGUCCCCAAACUUGUGAAUAUACAUAAACUGUUACUGUGAAAAUAGGAUGAAAUACGUGAAAACUUGAAAAUUCAUCAUUCGAUUUUUCUGCCUUUUGUCGUGCCACUACUUCUUAAACACUGACCACAGGGAAACAUGCAGAUAUUUUGAUGUAAAUUCUGCUCAGCCAACGUUGUUUGUAAAUGCUUGUACAAUAAGAGAGUUUAACAAAAGAAGAAAGGGGGAAAAAAUCAAUGGAGCAGUAUUGUCAGUCUAUUACAUUAGCUGUAUACAACUGAUGCAUCAUUACUGGUUGAGUCAGGACCAAAUGUAGACUCUAUUAGAUUACAUGGUGGAUUUUCAGUACACGUUAGUAAAAAUACAGAGUACAACGCCAUCAGUUCCACUUGUGCCUCAUGUUGAGUAAUGGAGUUUAAAUGUGUGCAGUAAUGUAAUCGGAUUUGUUCCUUAACACUUCUGUUGGAUAUCGGAGGGGAGAAGCAGGAGGAGUGUGGGUUUCUUUUGCUCAUAGAAUAUAUUCCUCAUGGUCUACCAUAGUGGCCUUAUGUUCAAUAAACAAAGGGGAGGUUCAUUUUAUCGUCAUUAGAUUAAUUCUGUAGAAGCACAGCUGUAUGUAUGUAGCACUGUACGAUAUUGUAGAUCAUCCUUUCUCCACUGUAUAUGACGUGUAUGCACCGAGAAAUAGCUGUUAAUCAACAAUGAAAGACUUUUAUUUUGAUAAUCCGCCUUUUUAGCCUCAUUUCUUGCUUUCCCCCCUUGUUGUAUAUAUUCAAAUGUGACGGACAAGGACACAGUAAACCGGUUUAAUAUUCCCCCUUUAUGGAUUGUAUAGAUGGAUUUUAACUGUCAGAUGUUGUGUGAGUGUGUGUGGGUGUGUGCGAGUGUGUGAUGUUAUAUCAUGUAGGCAUGUGUUUCUAUGCAGAAAGACGAAUAAAAUCCAUUUCUUCCCC